AUGGACGAUUCCAUGAAUCUGGAUUAUCUCAAGCGAGAUCCCAGAUGGUCGCCGUCGGAGGAAGACGCAUCGAUCAUUAGUUCAGAACCAACCGUGACGUGGGGGACAGAUGCGAUCGCGACACCAGUGACGGCAGAGGCUUCACAUAUGGCAGCAGGUGGAACUUGGGCAGCAGAAGCUGCUUCAUCGCAGGAAGGAUUGCUUGAAAGUCUGGGUGGGAGUCCGAGUGCAUCGAUUACGCCUGCAUGGUCAACGACUACCACCGAGAGGACAUCGACCAUACCCAUCUCAACUAGCAGUUCAUCUGCGGUAUCUGAAUCAACUACUACCCCAACGACGCCAACAUCCACAUUGUCGACUACAUCGCCAGAGACAGCCAUGACUCUCACCGGCACGGUUGUCAGUACCACCAGUGCAGUCGUCGAAACAACAGCCCCCGGCGCUUACUCCGGUGGAGGCGACUCAAUCAAAAACAAACUCGCCAUCGCCAUCCCCAUCGCUGUAGUCGGUCUCCUCAUCAUCCUAGCUUUACUAUUCUUCUUCAUCCGUCGCCGAAGGCGUCGCACCGCCCAUCCGCCAUACGAAAUGUCCGGCACCGAAACACCUGGCGUCUCAACCGCCGCUCUAAUGGCUACCACGCCUAGAAUCAUAGCUCCCCCGGAGCCUGCAGCGACAAAUCUCCAUCAACUACCGGUAAUCGGCGUCACGGGUAGUUCAACCCAUGAAAUCACGCCUGGUUCCGCAUCUGCACGCUCCGACGAUGAUGCACGCACGGAACUUGGAAUUGCCAUGGCUGUACCGAUGGAUCAACGGCUCAGUGCGACAGAACAUGAUCUACGUGAAUUUAGUCGGCCGGUUUCGUCGGUUAGUCACCGUGUUAGUGCGGGACCGCCUAGUGCGGGCCUGGCGAGUGUACGGAUGCCGUUUGAGACUCAGAGUAGCGAUGAGAAUGAUGCGGUGUCGAUUAUAUCGGGGGAACGUGGCCGGACGGAUCAUGACCGUGAUUUUGAUGAUAUGUCUUCUGUGUCAUCGUUUGAUGAUGAUCAUUCGCCGGUUGAGGCUCCUGGUCAGAAUUUUCGAUGA